AUGUCAGAUUCUGCUCUGCAGCGUCGACAACCUCCCAGUCCUCUCGUUUUUUUACCAGAAACCGUUCUUUCUCCCGCUCCCAGCCAGGGCAGUCAUCAGAAUGGCUCUGGUUCCAACACGGUCUCUAUGCCCUUCGUUAGGCGCCAUGUAACUCGCCGCCUCAAAGCUGCCAAAGCCGAAUGUGACAAGGAACUCCAGCGGGUCACCAACAAUAUCACCGUUUUCUUUGAGGAGCGUCUCAAGGAGGGGGAUCAUGAACCUGACAGGGAAUAUCGAGAGAAGGACUCACAUUAUGGAGACGGAGAUCCAUACCGUGACCAUCCUUUUGCCUUCCAGCCUGCAGAAUUUCGGUCUGCUCCGCAGAACGACGACUGCAGCUCAGAUGGCGGCUAUGAAGCCGAAGUUGAGUACCAUGGUCGUCACAGCCGACAACGUGGGUCCCCUGAUGACGACCUCAGCGUUUCUCCAGUGUUGACUCAUUCAUCCUCUCAUUCUGCUCUCUACUCAGCGUCUUCAUCGACUUCCAUGAGCCCAGGGGCUAUUAGGCGGCAACAGACCCUUUCUUGGGAACGGCCUCUCUCUGCUUCCAUGUCCUCCAGUGCAAUCUCUUCCUCACCUGCUGGUUCCACUGUCAUGCUGCCCGAAGCACCACUUACUCGGAAACAGAGCAGCCCAUCCGCCUCCACUUCAUGGGCGAACCAGGGACUCCCUUCGCGCCGCCUGUCUCGUACCAUUCAUAUUCCCUCUCGUCCUCCCCGGUCCGGUCACAGUUCCAGAUCCACUUCGCGCUCCAGAUCACCCCUCCCGCCCAUCUCGAGUCAUGCUUCAUUCUCCGAUUACACAUCCAACCCUCCUUCUAAUCGUCGUGCUUCGCGAAUCUUAGUUGAUGAUCCCAUCGACCCGAUUAUGUCCACCCUAUACGAACUCAUAGGCAUAGCUACAGAAAUCAUUGACAUGUCCAUCACGCAACUCACUGCUCAGCCCAAAGUGUGUGAGUCUCUUGUGGAAAGAGUCCAGGACAUUGGGAAGGCAUGGGAGACUCAUCCCGACUGGCAUGGACGCAAUUGGUACGUUCAAGUACUGCUUGCUGUCGCAAGUCUCAACCGAGUUGUUGAAUGGUGGGAAGCCGAGAAGCAGUUUUGGAACUUUGACGACAACGACGAUGAACUUGACGAGCCCUUGACAUUUGUGACCAAACCCGCUGAUGAAUCCGCACCUGAACCUUCUCGGCCACAAGGAUCCCCUGAACUAGAAGGUUUCAGGCUCAACCCGGAAGAUGACAACAGACAUCGUCUUCACAGACCGCCUAGUCACGGACGGCGUCCAAGAGACGACCAUCCAAAAACGCUCACCAAUCUUACCGAUCCUCGGGAGGGCCACUCCCGCAGUGUAUCCAAAACACACACACAUGUCCAUUCAGAUUCGGCACGAGUGCUGGCAACCGAAAGGUUGAGGUUACAGGCCGAAACCGCUCAAAAUCAGAAUAUCGUGUUAGAACUUAGUUUGGACGGAGACCAUUUGAUUUGGAUUAAUUACGCGUGGAGGGUGGUAGUGGGCACGGACCCGGAUGAACUGUUCGGUACUAGAGUGUCAUUGCAACUACAUUCUGCUGAUGCUCAUGUCUUCAAUGCUGCGACCCAACAACUUCUAGAAGACGAUUCCCAUACUGUCGAAGCGCGGUUUAGGCUCAGGGUGGAGCCAGAAAGUGAUCGUGAUUACUCACAAUCCAGGGUGCUUUACCAGCAGAUGGAAGGCAAAGGCAUGCUCAUGAUUGAUCGCGAAGACGGUGAGCCCUCGCACACGAUGUGGGUUAUCAAGCCAAUUGCUCCUCCCCGUUAUGAGCAAGAGUCAGCUAUAAUGCUCGUUUCGGCUGGUCAGAUGGAGGAGAGCGAAUACGAACCGCCGCCACCCAUCUGUCGUAAACUCUCUGCACCAGAACCGACAGGCGAAGUACCCGUACCUGAAACGCCUCUUCCUUUCCCGCUCCCUAUUAGUGCUGAACCUAUACUUUGCCGGAUAUGCGAGUGCCAAGUUCCCCAGUGGUAUUUCGAAAAACACAGUGAAACAUGUGUGGAGACUCACCGCCUCGAAGCUGAAAUAGGCGAAUGCAACGAAUCUAUCGCGGAACUGAGGGCCACCAUCAGGGAUUUGUGUGUCGCCAUGGAUCGCUCAUCGGUCGUUACUGUACCGGAGUAUCGCGGGGUGCCGAUCUUUAGACCAUCCUCUCCUGGCAUCGCAUCCCCCCUCGCCUUAUUUCGGGUGAACAAGAUGCAAAAGUUUGGUGUAAAGAAGAUGCAAAGGAGACUGCUUGACCAAUUGGAAGAUAUUCUCCAGAUAGCCGCAGAGGUUGCUGUUCCCUCUCUGAAGGAGGAAGAAGCAAAAGAACCCAUUGAGAGGCAGAGAUUACUAUCCCCCAGUUCGGAAAGGAAGAUGUCUCAAGUCAGAAACUGGAGCAAGCCGGCCAUUGAGGAUGCUGCAUUGAACCAACUUGUGCAGGAUGUGGAACGGGUAAUGCGACAAAAGGUUGAUUCUGUGGUGCGGAUGCAGAAUACGAUUCGAUAUGCAGAAAAAAUCUGGUGUGAAUGGCAGGACAGAGUGGGUGUAUAUGUUACUUCGAUGGAAGAGGAUGACUCUAGUGGCAGUGAUAGUGAUAGUGAAGGAGAAGAGCUUUCGGUACCCCCUGCGUUGUCGUCAACGGGAGUGGAAAGGGAGGAGGACGAUCAUUCUAGCACAACAUCUGAAUAUGCAUUCACGGGUGCCGAUCCGACUCCAGUAGGCUCGUCCCCUGCACCUGUUACACCUCUGGAACCUCGUCCUGGUUCCGUAGUGCCCAUGUCGAGUCCUGUUUCCUAUGGAAAUCGACCGUUGCAUACGCGAUCCUCUACCCCUUCUUCGAUCUCGUCACCUCUUGCUCUUGCAGCUCCGAUUGUCGCAUCCCAGUAUCCGGAGGAGUCGGUACCUGCCAUGAGUCUGGACGAUCCAAGGAGCGUGACAAUUAAAACCCGCAAAUCAUCUUCGAGUUUGCUCGAACCCAAGCUAGUAGUGACGCCUCCCGCGUCCCCUCAAGUGCAUCCUCGAGAUGGCACUUCUGGUAGCCUCACACGAGAACCAUCGCAGAAGCGUGGUCAUCGACGGCAUUCGACUAUAAAUCCCAUCAUGACUUCCACUGGUCCGCUUUCCCCCCGACAACCCUCCGCUGCUCCCUUAUCCCGUUCAGCCCCGACUUCGAUAAAGGACUUCGACAUAAUCAAACCCAUCAGCAAAGGUGCAUUUGGCUCUGUCUUCCUCGCCAAGAAGAAAAUUACUGGUGACUACUACGCAAUCAAAGUUUUGAAGAAGGCGGACAUGAUUGCGAAGAAUCAGAUCACGAAUGUCAAAGCUGAGCGCAUGAUCCUGAUGAAACAAGCCGACUCGCCUUUUGUCGCAAAGCUGUACUUUACUUUUCAGAGCAGGGAUAACCUAUAUCUGGUGAUGGAAUACCUCAACGGCGGUGACUGCGCUGCACUCAUCAAAUCCUUGGGGUCUUUACCAGAGGAGUGGACAAAAAAUUACAUUGCGGAGGUUGUUCUUGGCCUCGAGUACUUACAUCAACGAGGUGUUGUUCAUCGUGACCUCAAACCUGAUAAUCUACUGAUUGACCAGCAUGGUCACUUGAAGCUUACUGAUUUCGGUUUGAGCAGGAUUGGUUUACUCGGACGACAGACUCGUGAUAGUCAGCAGGGGCGCGGUUAUGCCAGAUACAGCUCGCGUUCUCGACCCCCCUCCAUAGACUCCGCUUAUCUGUCGUCUCCGUUGUUUCCUAAUGAUGGAGGUUCGUAUUUCACCCAACGGACGAAUUCGGUUCCCCGCGUAGGAAGCUCCCCUUAUCUGUCCUCCACAGAUGAUGUCGCAGGUGAAACAAAUGGUUGGGACUCGGCCAACGUGCUUUACAAUCUUCGACCAAAGACGGCUGAGAGUCCACUGCAGUCAUUCGCCACCGAGCUCACGACCGAUUUGAGAUCGCAUUCACAUUCAAAUUCAAAUUCUGCUAGUGGAACACCUCCUGGUGAACAGAAAUUUGUUGGUACACCGGAUUAUCUCGCUCCAGAAACUAUUCUUGGUUUGCGAAAGGAUGACGCUGCUGUUGACUGGUGGGCUUUGGGUGUGAUCACCUAUGAAUUCUUGUAUGGAAUUCCACCGUUCCAUGACGAUACUCCUGAAAAGGUGUUUGAAAACAUCUUGUCUGGACAUGUGGAAUGGCAUGAUGAAUGGGUUGACUUCUCCGAAGAAGCCCGUGAUUUUAUGCAGAGACUCCUGACUAUUGAUCCAGAGGCUCGCCUUGGUGCGAAUGGCGCAGAUGAAGUCAAAGCACACCCGUUCUUCCGUAGCAUCGAAUGGGACAAGGUCACAAUCACGGAAGCGGCAUUCAUUCCGCAGGUCAACGAUCCAGAGUCCACUGAUUACUUUGACCCUCGCGGAGCCAUACCUAUGUUGUUCCAAGACGAUGACCAGGUAGCGGUUACCGGACAGUCUGCACUUAACAGCCCAGUUGUUGAUCCAACGAUGCCGCCUCCCUCUUUACCUGUACCUAUCGCGGGUCGGGAAAUGGCUUCCGCUCCGGGAACCGACGACUUUGGCUCUUUCAGCUACAAGAAUGUGCCCGUUCUGAAGCAAGCAAAUGACGAUCUCAUCAGAAAGAUGAAGACGGAUCAAAUGGUUCCACUCACGCACGCUAUCUCAGAGUCAACCGGUCUGCAUAACCGGAAGCGAAGUAUUUCUCACCGCAUGAAGAAACCACCUAGUGUCGUGACUAACGUGGACCAGAAGAACAUGCCGACUAAUCCACCUUCCCCGGCGACAUCCACCUCCUCUUUAGCAUCAUCUCCGUCGCGUGCAAGCAUUCCCCCUUCGACACCUGGUAGCGCCGGUGUGAGUGGUGGAAGCCAUGCCCGUAAGCUCUCAGAAUAUGGGGCUGUCGAACGGUUCAAACUUAACCAUAUGGACGGAGGUGAUCGACGGAACUCUAUGCCAAGUCGCCUGCGCACCGCUUCUGCAUCCAGUGGCGGAGAAGGUUCGGGUUCGGAAACGUGGGCGUCUUCCGUUGGACAUGGCUCUACCAAUACUCCGCCAUCGUCUGUGCAUUCUAUCGACUUGAGGAAAGGUCCGGACCCAACUGAUCGCGCGGUAACAUGUCUCCUGGCCGAGGACAACCCAAUUACCGCUAAAAUCAUCGAGACCUUACUAUUACGAAUGGGAUGUCGGUGCGUCGUAGUGGCCGAUGGAUCAGAAGCCAUCAGCGUCGCGAUGGGAGACAUCAAAUUUGACUGCAUAUUGAUGGACCUCCAUAUGCCAGUUUUGGAUGGCGAGGGCGCUGCGAGGUACAUCAAAAGUACGAAUAGCAAGAAUACAAAUACGCCCAUUAUCGCGGUUAGUGCUUAUAGUGGCGCUGACACAAGCGACUCGAAUAGUGUCUUCGCUGGAUCGUUAUCAAAACCGUUGCAAAAGGCUGACUUGUUAGCUGUAUUUCGCCAACUCGGAUUCAAAACAACGACGAUGCAAGGCGUUGGACCCGGCGCUACAAAGGUCACCGCUUCUCAAGGAAACUCAUGA